CUAACAACUUCCGCCCCGGAGCGAUCAUUAACGAAGCAAACCCAUUCUCAACCGAAAUUAGGCGGUAUAAUUUAAGAUUUUUAAUAGUUUUAUUCUUCCAAUUGACUAAAUGGUUAUAAGUGGACGAUGUCCGCCGAAACAGAUUGUAAAACUCCAUUGAGGCUUCAUCUCGUGCGAGUUUCGCCGUGUUGUCGAAUGAUCUGGCUGUAUGCACUGCAGCACAAAAUACCUUGCGAAUUAACAGACGUUAAUGUCUUUAACGGAGAACACCGUGAGCCGAAGUUCGUGGCGAUGAAUCCACACGAAGAAGUUCCGAUACUGACAGAUGGAAGCACAACGGUUUUUGGAGGGAUAGCGAUACUACGUUACUUUGCUCAGAAAUACACAGACUUUGCCGGCUGGGGAAAAACAAGCGAAGACCGCUACAGGGUGCAUUCAGUUCUAGACUGGGCCAGCUCCAAGUUGUUAGAUGUUCUAGGCUACAAAUACGUGUAUCCUCAGUUGCUGGAAAGAUAUCACCUUCCGAACGAGGCCGCCACAGAGGAACUAGUCGAUAAAGGAUUGUCAGAGGCCAGUGAACUCCUAGAAGCCUUAGAGAACUACUAUCUUGGAGACAAUCCAUUCUUGUGCGGAUCUGAACUAACUGUGGCUGAUAGUUACGUUGCAACCAUCCUAUGUCAGGCAGAGUGGGUUGACUUUGACUUCAAACUCUGGCCCAGGCUCUGGGAGUGGCUAACGAGGGUCAAAGGUCAAGAACAUUGGCGCGAGGUGCAUUCUACGCAUGACGAGUUCCUCCAGAAGCUUAAGAAAGAUCACUCCAUUGAAAGUGACUCGUCUUGAAGCAGCUCAAUAUACUAACUGCAUUUACAACGUCUUAAUGUUCAACGACAAUCAUAGCGUAGGAAGUUUCCACCGUCCAACAGAAAAAGUAGGUGCACACUGCGUACGUGUGUCUAGUACAAAUUGAAAUAACUGUAUUAGUAAAUAAUUACAUGCUUACAGCCUUUCUGCACUUUCAGUCUGUUUCAAGGGUAUGCUGAAUAGAUAUCAAUGGGUGCAUAAGUUAACCAAAGAGCAGUAGUUUUCAAAGAAUUUUUCUGCAUAAACUAUGUAACAGUUAGAAUAAGAUUUCGGAGUUUUCUAAGCAAAUCGAUCCACGGGAGGGUUUCUAAACUAAUCAGAUUAUGACUACCAAAGAACAGAAUUUUGCAAAUAUUUAAGAAAUAGCAAAUAUAAUUUUAAAAUAAGAUCAGUUUAUGGGAACGGAAAUAACGGAAAGAUAUCAACACGGGGAUUUCCGUAAUAUAUUUAAUUCUGUAAACCAAAGAAAGAUACAAUCUGGGUACAAUUCGCGAUGGCAUUCCGAUUAUAUUUGAAGCAUUACCAUAUCAGACAUAGAAAAUAAAAUGGAUGCACGAAUCACAAAAGGUCAAUUGUAGAUGUGAAAUGUGAGCGCGUAUGAUCGGAACUCUAUUCUGUAUCAAUAAAUUACAAAAGACUGGUUUACUCUCCGAAAUAAUCUUGCUUCGCCACCUCAGGCUCUCCUUAAGAUACGACAAUAAACAAAACGCAUGGUUUCUACGACGAUAAGCUUUCUCGUAACGUUUGCUUUUUCGAAUUCAAUUGGUUCCGAAUAUCUCAAGGAGUUUCGCUCAUCAAAAGAAAUUUCCGACUUAUCACAUCAGGUCCUACGACAAAAUAUCGAUGUCGCCACGCCACCUCACUCGUGUUACGCGAUUACCUCAUGUAAGCCUGUCAUGUACGGUAAACUUCAAAUAAACUAUAACAGCAUUACGUCAUUUGUUGACGCACCUACUGAAUCCUUUACUGCUCUUGCAAGGUGUCUGGUUGCUUCGCACUAGACACGAAAACUAACUUGUGAAAGAUAGAUGCCACGCCGCAUUUUUUGUUUUGUUCUUCUUUCGUUUGUUUUGAUUAAUCAUUAUCUAUCUUAGCCCGACAGUUAGAGAAUUCUGUGGUCUUCUCUCCCUGAUAUACCUCAGUAGAAUGCCUUCUCAUUGAGAGUGCCUUUUGGGGGAUUGGCACGGGACAAUGGGCUCAGAGUAACACGGUCAGAAAAAAAAUGCUCAUAUUAACUUACUUGCAGUAAGUUUAUUUGGUGGAUGUAUGCGAAAUAAUACAUUAAAACGAUGAAGUACGUUUAAAAUCCUAAUUAAAUGCUAUCACUUAAUAUCUAUCCAUAUUUGAAAUAAAAGAGAGAUCUCUGAAUAUGUGAAGGCUACCUGGCUGAAAUGGUUUAUAUGCAAUAGGAGACGAGGAAAACUUUCUUCAGCCUUUGUAGGAUUAUGCUAAAUACUAUGAAAUUACAAGGUGCACCCUUAGGGUAUAUCUGUGGUGUGCUUUUUUU